AACCCUGGGUUUCUCCUUUUCACGAGGGAAAAGAAAAAGUGAACGGGACUCCCUGAAGCCACGCUGAGCCAGAGGAGGGCAGGCACUAGGACCUGCCGGCUCCCAGCCUAGACGGCGGGCAGACACCACCUCUCUAACUUUCAGAACAAUCAAUUUGCCAAAGAGUGUAGGAGUUGGGCUGCAGUGAAUGGUGGAGGACUUGCUGUUUCCAAACCUACCAGAAGGAGCUGGGGACUUGGCUUUUGGGGGCUAAUCCUGUGGACUAUCCUGGAAUAUCCUGUGCCUUUGCUGAACAGAUUUUGCACUUGCCAGGGAGGCUGGAGGGAAGGGGGCAGCAGUGAGGGGGGGGAGGAGCCCGAAUGGCAGAUGCUUGGGGGCCAGCCUGCGUGGGACGGUUGCUCUAGGAGCCUACUGGAGGGGCAGCACUUCACCUGGAGAAACUGACAGGACGUGUGCCCAUGAGGUCGUCAACGCUGGCCCUACUCUUCCUGAUCAGCGUCCAGGCUGUAGCACACAUAGGAGGGGACGCCCAGAGGACCACCGGGCAGGGCAUGGCAGGGCCCCUCAGGACAUCCGCCGGCCCCAGCGCCCCGAUGGCCAGCCAGCAACAGCACCGGGACUCGCACCCCAUUCCCGUAGUGGACCCCAAACUCUUCAACAAGCGACGCUACCGCUCGCCCCGGGUUCUGUUCAGUGCCGUGGCCCCAGGCCCCGAGGGAGAGGGACCAGGCCCCCGGGUGCGAAGGAAGGCCACUAAGCCGAUGCACCGGGGCGAGUACUCUGUGUGCGACAGUGUCAACCGCUGGGUUAUCAACAAGACGAGGGCCACGGACAUGGCAGGCAACGAGGUGAUGGUCCUCCCCAACUUCAACAUCGACAACGUGGUCAUCAAGCAGUACUUCUUCGAGACCACGUGUCUGACGGGUCCGUCUGGCACCACCGGCUGCCGCGGUAUCGACGGGCGCCGCUGGAACUCGCAUUGCUCGAACACGCACACCUUCGUGCGGGCGCUCACCUCCUUCCAGAACCAGGUGGCCUGGCGCUACAUUCGCAUCAACACCGCCUGCGUGUGUGUCCUCAGCCGCAGGUCCUGGAAGCAGUGAGGCCGAGGGGAUGCUGCCGCGGCCCCACCCAUUAAACCCCAACCCCCCCACAAC